UCUGUUGAAGGAUCUAGCCAACCCCAUUGCUCCGCAUUUCGCGGACUACUUACCUAUUCCCGUCCGCAGCCGAUUCAAGGCCAGUGAUUUCGGAACCUAGAGUCCCGCGGGCCGCGCCGUCCCGCUUGACGUAGCGCCGUCGGCUUCGGCCUAUCGAGUCCUGCUGCUUUGCGUAUCUCCUGUAUCAGACACAGCACUUAUCAUCCAGACCGAAUCUUACCGCACGGUAUAGACCGAAUCUUAACCGCUUUCAGCUUCGUGACCGUCAGACUGCGGAUUGGAAGUUCAACAUUCGAAAUCCGCUUCUUCGAAUCCCAGGAGCGUCUGAUUCGCAAAGGCUCGCGUUGCGUCCAGUCCAGUUCCCAGAUGUAGCAGCAGCCUGCAACUUAGCACCAGCACGAGCACCAGCGCUAGCACGAGCAUUAGAACGGGCAUCAGCACUAGCGUGACCGUUAGUCUCAGUAUAGUCUCAGCCCCUGGAGCUUUCGUCUUCAGCAGCAGCAGCAAGGGUAAAGUAGAAGGAGGGAGAGAGAAUAUAGCACGAGCAGUCUGCAAUAGCACCAGCAUUAGCACUAGCACCAGCACCAGCACUAACAUCAGCGGUAGCGUGACCACUAGUUCCAGCACCUGCCGCUUCGUCUUCAGCAGCAGCAGCAGCAGCAGCAGCAGCAGCAGCAGCAGCAGCAGCAGCAGCAGGAGCAGGAGCGCGAAGGAUACAAUCGAGGGAGGGGAGGAAGCGAGAAAGAUCAAAGGGCGAAGCUAGGAUGGUUCGCGAGGAGAUGCAGGAGAUCGAGGAAAUGGAGGGGAUGGAGGGGCUGGGGGGGAUGGGGGGGCUGGGGGUGAUGGAACUACCAGCCGAUGCGCCCAUGCUGGGGAGGAUCCCGAAGCCUGCAACGACGGGCACGGGCGCCGCGAGCGCGUCGCUGCGCGUGGUGACGUACUCCGUGCUGCUGCCGACGUUCAACGAGCGCGAUAACAUCGGGCUCGUCGUGUACAUGAUCGUCAAGGCGUUCCAAUCCAUCAAGGCGUCGUUUGAGAUCAUAGUGAUCGACGACAACAGCCCUGAUGGCACGCAGGAGGCGGUGAAGAAAUUAGCGACGCACUACGGGGAGGACACCAUCCUUCUACGUCCAAGACCGGGCAAAUUGGGACUAGGCACGGCGUAUGUGUUUGGGUUGCAGCAUGCGCGGGGAGAGUACGUGUUCAUCAUGGAUGCUGACCUGUCGCACCAUCCCAAGUACAUCCCACAGUUCAUUCGCAAGCAGCAGGAGACAGACGCGGACAUAGUCACAGGGUCCCGGUACUCCCCAGGAGGAGGGGUCGUGGGGUGGGACCUAAAGCGCAAGAUGACGAGCCGAGGAGCCAACGUGCUCACGCACACGCUGCUGUGGCCGCGCGUGUCGGACCUCACAGGCUCCUUCCGGCUGUACCGGAAGGAGAUUCUGGAGAACCUGAUGGAUGUCGUGGUAUCCAAGGGAUACGUGUUCCAGAUGGAGAUGAUUGUCCGGGCAAGUCGCGCUCAUUUGGUUAUUGAGGAGGUGCCAAUCGUUUUUGUGGAUCGGUUGUAUGGUUCUUCAAAGCUUGGAGGGACAGAGAUUGUACAGUUUGUGAAAGGCCUUCUCUGGCUAUUCGUCUCCACCUAGUAUCUCUCUCACUAACUGCUUUAGUGAUACUACCUUGUCAUAUUGCAUUAUUUGUGUGUGAAGUUGCUCACCAGGAGUGGUAGCAAGCAAGGCUGGACACGACUUCGCUUUGAACAAGUAGAAAUGGUUUUACUGGCUCGUUGAUGCGAGCAAAUGGCAUGAUGAGUCCCUCAGAUGGUCGGGGCAGACAUUAGCAUUAUGGCUGUGUACAAUCACGCAUCGGAUUUUAUUUCUAC